CAGGUUUCUCGCUGAAAUUCCACACUCGUUUAGGAAACCGUACAGGGACACGUCUUCGUGGCCGUGGCCGCGCAAAAACCACUGGGCAUCGGCGCAGGAACGCAGCAUCCUCCCCCACCCCAAUACAAUCCAAACUCCAAUCCCCUUGCUCGCCAAACCCCCAUUCCCCCAAUACAAUCCCUACUCCCAAAUGGUAACGCCGAGCGCCUCCUUCUCCGCCGCGCUCGUAGUCGAGGAUUUCCCAUCGUUGGAGAGCGAUGACAAGAUGGAGAUGCCACCGGACAAGUACCGCGAGGUGUUCGACCUCGCACAGUGUGGCGCCCGCGCCUUCCGGGAGCGCCGCUUCGACGAGGCUAUUUCAUUUUAUUCUAAAGCUCACAAUUUGAGAUCAGGAGAUCCGAUUAUCCUUAGCAAUCGAAGUUCUGCUUUCUGUUUGAUAAGUCAAGUUCUGAGGGAGAGAUCAGCAGCCGACUCAGAGUACCAGCCAUUGAAUGGCCUUGAUCCUACAACACAUGCAGAGUUAGCUCUGAAGGAUGCAGAGAAGGUAGUAAUUACCCACGGUAAUUCUCCUAGGCCAUAUCUUCUCAAGGCAUACACACUUAUUCUGCUGGAGCGAUAUCAGGAGGCACGUGAGUCCCUUCUGGCUGGUCUUCAAGUUGAUCCCCUCAGCCAUAUCCUGCAAACCUGCCUCAGUGAUCUGGAUAGAAAUACAAAUGCUGCAGCCGGAGCAAGAUGCCCAAGGCUAGAUAGGACUGAUGAUUUUGAGUGCACAUUGUGUUUUAAACUAUUGUUUAAACCAGUUACCACUCCAUGUGGGCACACGUUCUGUCGCUCUUGUUUACAUCAGGCAAUGGAUCACGGCAAUAAGUGCCCCAUGUGUCGGACAGUUCUUUUUAUUGGUCCAAAAACUUAUCCUAUAAGCGUAACAUUGAGCAACAUAAUUCAGAAAAAUUUCCCUGAAGAAUAUGCUGAGAGGAGGUCAGAACAUGAAAAUAUGACAUAUGCAGGCAUUGAUUUGAUGCCUCUGUUUGUUAUGGAUGUCGUAUUACCAUGCCAAAAGAUGGCACUGAACAUAUUUGAACCUCGCUACAGGCUGAUGGUAAGGAGAAUAAUGGAAGGGAAUCAUCGGAUGGGAAUGGUUGCUAUUGAUUCUGCGACGGGAACUGUAGCUGACUGUGGUUGUGAGGUGGAAAUUCUUGAGUGCGAGCCACUUCCAGAUGGACGUUUUUAUCUAGAGGUGGAAGGUUCACGACGGUUUCGUAUCUUGCGAUCCUGGGAUGAAGAUGGGUACCGUGUUGCUGAAAUUGAAUGGUUCCAAGAUGUUUCUUUACCAGAAGGAUCACAAGAGAGAAGAGAUCUAAUUGAAAGGGCCAAUGAAGCUUCAGAACUGGCUAGGACGUGCAUUAGGCGUACCAGAGAAACCAUAAGGCCUGUGGGGCGGGCAAGACGCUUUGAUCUUGAGAGCAUUCCUGGACCACAGGACCCUGAGAAGUUCAGUUUUUGGCUUGUCAACUUGAUUAAUUUGAGGCCAUCGGAUAAAUUAGAACUAUUACGCCUCUGUGAUACUCGAGAGAGAAUAUCUCUUAGCCUUAGAUUGCUGAGCAAUGCAGAACAAGGUUGCCGUGUACAGUAACGGAUUAUAUUUGGCGCACAACCAACUAACAAUGUUCAUUGUAAUAUUCUUUUAUCACAUAUUCUGAUGCUAGUGAAAUUCUUAUGAUUUUGUAUGUUCUUUUAUUCUCUUACCUGCAAAAAAAAACUAUAAUUCUUGUACUUGUUCUUAUUAUUGUGAAACCAUUCGAUGUUUGGUGGAA